CCGCGCGCUCGCCGCCCCGCGCCCGCCGCCGCCAGCCCGGCCCGGCCCGGCCCGGCCCAGCCGCUCGGCGCUGCCUGCCGGAGGAGAUGCCUGCCGAGGAGCGGCGCGCGGGGAGCCGGCCGCGGGCGCCGCCGGGCUGCCGCCCCUUCACCCUGCCGCGCUUCGGCAUGCAGCAGCUGGCUUCGUGCCUGGGCCUGUGGCUCUUCCUCCAGCUCCCCUGCCUGGGCUCUGGGACACGGGUGGUAUACAAGGUGCAGGAAGAGCAGCCGCCCAACACCCUCAUCGGCAGCUUGGCAGCAGACUACGGCUUCCCGGACAUGGGGCACUUGUAUAAGCUGGAGGUGGGGGCCCCCUACCUGCGUGUGGACGGCAAGACGGGCGACAUCUACACCACCGAGACCUCCAUCGACCGGGAGAGCCUGCGGGAGUGCCAGCAGCUCUUUCCUGGGGACCCCUGCUUCCUCGAGUUCGAAGUCUCUAUCACGGACCUGCUGAGUAACAGCCCGCGCCUGCUGGAGGGACAGAUCGAGGUGCUGGAUAUCAACGACAACACCCCCAACUUCGCCUCCCCCGUCAUCACCCUGGCUAUCCCUGAAAACACCAAUAUCGGGUCUCUCUUCCCCAUCCCCCUGGCCAUGGACCGCGACACUGGCGCCAACGGGGUUGCUUCCUAUGAGCUGAUGCCUGGUUCGGAUGCCCAGAAGCUUUUUGGCUUGCAGGUGGCCGAGGACCAAGACGAGAAGCAGCCGCAAUUGAUUGUCAUGGGGAACCUGGACCGGGAGCAGUCCGAGUCCUAUGACCUCACCAUCAAAGUGCAGGACGGGGGCAGCCCCCCGCGGGCCAGCAGUGCCCUGCUGCGCAUCACCAUCCUGGACAUGAAUGACAACCCGCCCAAGUUCGAGAAGCCCCUGUAUGAGGCAGAGCUGUCAGAGAACAGCCCCAUGGGUCACUCCGUGCUGCAGGUCAAGGCUAAUGAUUCUGACCAGGGGGCCAACGCUGAGAUAGAUUAUUCCUUCCACCAGGCCUCAGAUGUCGUACGCCGGCUUCUGCGGUUAGAUCGAGCCUCGGGACUUAUCACCGUACAGGGUCCUGUUGACCGUGAGGAUGUCAAUGUGCUCAAGUUCUCAGUGAUGGCAAAGGAUAAGGGGGCCAACCCCAAAACGGCCCGUGCCCAGGUCGUGAUCAGCAUCAGGGACAUGAACGACAAUGCCCCCUCCAUCGAAAUCCGAGGUAUUGGCUUGGUCACCCAUCAGGAUGGGAUGGCCAAUAUAUCAGAAGACGUGCCGGUAGAAACUCCCGUGGCUCUCGUGCAGGUGUCUGAUCGGGACGAGGGUGAAAAUGCUGUUGUGACUUGUGUCGUUGCUGGCGAUGUGCCCUUCCAGUUGCGACAAGCCAGCGACACCGGCAGCGACAGCAAAAAGAAGUAUUUCUUGCAGACCACGACGCCCCUUGACUAUGAGGCUGUGAAGGAGUACACCAUUGAGAUUGUAGCCGUGGACUCAGGCAAUCCACCCCUCUCCAGCACCAACUCCCUCAAGGUCCAGGUGGUAGAUGUCAAUGACAACGACCCCGUCUUCAGUCAGAGCUCCACAGAGGUGGCGUUUCCCGAAAACAACUCCCCGGAUGAUUUGGUCGUGGAAGUGACUGCCACUGAUGCAGACAGUGGGUCCAACGCUCACUUAGUGUACUCCCUAGACAAAGAGACUUUGCCCCAAGGCAUUUUCUCCAUCGAUCCAGAGUCUGGCGAGAUCCGGGUAAAGACCGUGCUGGACCGGGAACAGCGAGAGCGCUAUGAAUUCUUGGUAGUUGCCGCAGACAAGGGCAGCCCCAGCCGUAAAGGCACCGCAUCAGUUGCCAUCAACGUUAUGGACCGCAAUGACAACGACCCCAAAUUUAUGCUCAGUGGCUACAAUUUCUCUGUCAUGGAAAACAUGCCGCCCUUGAGCCCAGUCGGCAUGGUGACCGUUAUUGACGCGGACAAAGGGGAGAACGCUCGCAUUCAUCUCUCUGUGGAGCAGGACAACGGGGACUUCGUCAUACAGAACGGCACCGGCACCAUCCUCUCCAGCAUCUCCUUCGACCGCGAGCGGCAGAGCACCUACACCUUCCGGCUCAAAGCUGUGGAUGGCGGUGACCCACCCCGCUCUGCUUAUGUUGGGGUAACCAUCAAUGUCUUAGAUGAGAAUGACAAUGCCCCCGUGAUCAUUUCUCCAUCCAACGCCUCCUACAAGCACAUUCUGCCCCAUACCAGUCCGGGGCAGCAGGUCAUGAGUGUUGGGGCUGAAGACAUCGACUCCGGGGUCAAUGCGGAGCUGCAGUAUAGCAUCACUGGCGGAAACCCCUUCGAGCUCUUCAAGAUUUCGCCCCACAGUGGAAACAUCACUCUCGAGAAGGAGAUCCUCCGUAAGCACCAUGGACUUCACCGCUUGGUGGUGCGAGUCAACGACAAGGGCAAGCCCUCCCGCCACGGCACAGCCCUGGUCCACUUCUACGUCAACGAGACCUUGGCCAACCGCACCCUGCUGGAGACCCUGGUGGGGCACAGCUUGGACACGCCCCUGGACAUCGACAUUGCGGGUGACCCGGAGUACGAGCGCAGCAAGCAGCGCAGCAACAUCCUCUUCGGUGUCAUCGCGGGCAUCGUUGCGGUCAUCCUGGUGAUCGUGCUCGUCGUGCUCGUGCGCUACUGCCGUCAGAAGGAGGCGAAGAGCGGCUACCAAGCGGGCAAGAAGGAGACGAAGGACCUGUACGCUCCCAAGCAAGGGGGCAAAGGCGGCAAAGCCAAAGGCAAGGUGAAAAAGAGCAAAUCUCCCAAGCCCCCCAAACCUGCCGAGGACGAGGAAGAGACGGGCCUGCAGAAGUCCCUCAAAUUCAACCUCAUGAACGACUCGGUCAGUGACAGCCCCCGGAUCCACCUGCCCCUGAACUACCCCCCAGGCAGCCCCGACCUGGGCCGGCACUACCGGUCCAACUCUCCCCUGCCUUCCAUCCAGCUGCAGCCCCAGUCACCCUCCGCCUCCAAGAAGCACCAGGUUGUGCAGGACUUGCCCGCCACCAACACCUUUGUGGGCACGGGGGACAGCAAUUCCACGGGCUCCGAGCAGUAUUCAGACUACAGCUACCGCACCAACCCCCAGAAAUACACCAGUAAGCAGUUACCUCAUCGUCGAGUGACGUUCUCUGCAGCCAAUCAGGCUCAAGACCUGCAGGAUCCAUCCCAACACAGUUACUAUGACAGUGGCCUUGAGGAAUCCGAAACGCCGAGCAGCAAAUCCUCCUCAGGGCCCCGCAUCGGACCCCUGGCUCUGCCCGAGGACCACUACGAGCGCACCACGCCCGAUGGCAGCAUUGGGGAGAUGGAGCACCCCGAGAACGAUCUCCGGCCUUUGCCUGACGUAGCCAUGACAGGAACCUGCACGCGGGAAUGCACAGAGUUUGGCCACUCUGACACCUGCUGGAUGCCAGGACAGUCCUCUCCGAACCGGAGGCCCAAGAACGCCCUCAAACUCUCCACAUUUGUGCCUUAUCAAGACCGAGGGAGUCAAGAGCAAGUCGGGAACGGCAGCCCCAGACUCUCAGAAGAGCGCAGCACCAAAAUGGCUAACCUCCGUCUGCUCCCCACAUACAGUGCCUUCUCCAACAGUAGCCAUGAGCCCUGCAAGGACUCCCCGCUGGAGGAAAUCCCUCUCACCCAGACCUCAGACUUCCAGGCAGCCACCACACCCUCCUCCCAAACCGUCAAGCGGGAGAUCUAUCUGUGAGACUGGGGGGGUGGGGCAAGAAAGGUGUCUGCAAAACAUACCGCUGAGGCCAGUGUCUGGAAGAUGAAGGGAUUUGUCAAACUGUGAUGCUUUAUCGUUUGUGUCAGCAGUUCUGAGCCUACUGGGUGAGAAGGCCUUGCCCAGUCGCUGGUCACAGAGACCCCCUUGGCAGGACAUUGCUCCUGGGACAAGAGAACUGGCAGCAUCCCGAAAGAGCCGGCUCUGGAACGGGGGACCCGAGUGCGGAGGGCGCAGCCCGUGGCUUCAGGGCAGGGGUGGGGGGGAAGGGCUUAGUUACCAAAGGUCCAUGCAGACUGCUGGGUGGAGUCCGUCGGGCGCAGGGCUGGGGGCACCUGGCACAGGGGGAGGGGGGCUGCCUCUGUCGUUACUGUAGACUCCUGUAAAUACGAAACUUAGGAAUGACGUUUGCGUCCUGCCUGAUCAAAACUUUUACCGUCCUUGAGAACAAAAAGACAUUGAAACAAACAAAAGAAAAACCACAGGGAGCAAUUCCAGUUGGAAGCGUUUGCCACACAGAAGAGCACAUGGGAGCCUGUGCUGCCAGCCAGCCCCGCCCCUCGCCUUCCACAGUGUAAAUAGAGAAGGGGCGCUGGCUGGGGGGGACUGGGGGCCUUCGGGAGCUUGGGAGCCCCGAGCUCUUUCCGGACUGCAGCAACUCUUCUUUGUCUGGUGUAGGGGAGCCCUAGAGCGGGUUGCGGCGGCUUUCAGCUGGUCCUCGUGAGCCUCUGCCCCGUAGGUGGUGGAACUGGGUCAGUCGGAAAGAGGGAGGAGACGGCCCCCUGCUCCCCAGUAGCCCUGGCAUCUCACCUGGGGCAGGGCAUGCCCAGGGCCUCUCUGGGCCCCAGUGCCAUGAUUCUGGCCUUUGAUUUGUCUGCCUGUAAGCCACCAUUGCCUUUGUGAAAUGGAGCUUUGACUCAGGGUUGCACUGGGGCCCCAGGGCCUCUGUAUGCUGGAGUCACCCCCCUCCCUCCCUCCCUCCCCCAGAAGAGGCCAGGGCCAGCCUCAAGGGCUCCAGUAACUCUCUUCCAGUGCCAGAGUACCAGACUUCCGGAGCUGCCUUUGGGUGUCGCAGUUCCAGCAGGGCCCCCGAGAACAAGAGAGCAGCACUUGGCGUGAUCAGCUCAAGUCGGGCACAGCAGGGCUCCUUCUCCUUUGGCCGGUGAUGGGCCAGCCCAGUGAGCUACUUCUUGCGUCACUCUUAGCUGUCCUGAUGCCAUGCUCCCAGCGCCCGUGGUGGCCCCUUCCUUGCAGCCUGCCCUCCUUGCCCAGCGGUGCUGUGGGGCCUCAUUCCAAUUCCCUGUGGCCCUGGAAAAGGCAGAUUUCUCUCCCACCGCCCCCAGGACCCAUUGGUACCCUCUCCAGCCUGAGGGCUCUGCUCUCUACCCACCUGGACAACUGAUGCUGGUAAGGCUCAGCCUGUUUCUCCAGGUGCCAGCAGACCCUGGCUCUGGUUCUUCCGAUGCCCGUAGGGCCUGGCCCCUUUCCCCUAUGUUGCCAUGGGUCUUCCCGGCAGUUGGCCAUCAGCUUUCCUGCGGUGUCUCUGUUCAGCUUUCUCUGUUGCAUGGGUCUGAUGAAGAGGGGAGGGGGCGUAGCGCAUUGUAUCAACAGGUGUGCUCCUGCUUGCCUCUUGCAAUACAGUUGUGUCAGUAUGUGUUGGGGGUCUGGAGUCCAGCUGGUGGGCAAAACAGGAGGGGAGGGGAGGGGAGGGAGGGGAGGGAGGAUGAGGGCGAGCUGUCCAGGAACAGCUCAACUCAUCCCAGAGCAACUGCAGAAGACCAAGGCAAGAGUUGGAAGCUCCGUGCCCGUUUUGUCACUUGGCGGCCCCUGCCCCUGCCGUGCACCCUCUCAGCUGGGGUGGUCUGGGGUGCAGCAGAGAACAGGUGGCACAGGUGCCCACGGUGGUACAGAGGAUCAAGGGCCCAGAUCCCUGUCCCAGUUGUCUCCCCCUCGGUGUCUUGCACUGUGCGUGAGAGCAAAGGGCUUUCCUCUCCUGCCCGUGACACUCUCUGCAGCUUGGGGGGGUGGGGGGGGUGGCAAGCCCAGUGAGCACGCGCCAGCUGCGGAGGACUCGCCUCCUAACGGCCGGUGCUUCCCACACUCAUUUUGGGGUGGACGCUUUGGCCUGAUGGUCAGGGGCUUCCAUCCGCUCUGCCAUUAAGGAAUAAGGCUACAAACUAUGUCAUACACUGUCUGAUGUAGACACUUCGAAGUGCCACUGUGAGGUGGGGGGGCAGGACCCUCCGGCCUGUUGCUCCUUCCCUGCUGCGGAAGGCCAGGAAGGCAGACAAAGGCCAAAACUGAACCCCAGGUAGGAUCACAGCCUUUUGUGUUUCAUAGAAUAGGCCUAAGAAAGAUGGCGUUAACACAAGCCUGUUGGCCACAGGGCUGGUGGCAGCCAGGCAGGCCCGGCCCAGCCCAGCCCAGCCGUGCCCAUCGCUCUGGGCACUGUGAGGGUGGCCUUGGCCCCAACACCCCUUGGGACAGGGCAUGCAGGGAAGGUUGCCAAUUCUGACUUGGGAAAUGCCGGGGGCGGGGGGGAGGUAGAGAUGUGAUUCCACAGAGUCUGUCCUCUAAAGCUGCCCUUCCCUUCGGGAAAAAGAUCUUUAUAAUUGGGAGAUCAGUUAUAUUUCGGGGAGAACUCCAGACCCCACCUGGAGGGGGGCAUCCCUCCAUGCAGUUGCCCAGGCAGGUGAGGCACACUUCUUCCCCUGCUAGCUAGUCCACAGCCAGCCAGCGAAGCUCGGUGUGAGAGGGGGUGACAGGUUGGGUUAAGCCACAGGGUACUGGAUACUAGCUGCUAUCCCAGGAAAGAGAGGAAACUUUCAGGAACUUUCCCCUGGAUUUAGCCUCGCUCCACGGGAGUAGAAGCAAGGUGGUUGGAAGGAGGAAAGGGGCUGUAGCACUUGCUUCGUCAGAGGAGAGUGUGUCAGGCUAUUGCAGCCCCUGUGUAUGAGAAAAGAGGGGAGAACGCCACUGAAGAGAGGUUUCUGAAGUGGGUGGCAGUGGUGCCCCCGCUAUUUUGCCAUGGGGUGGGUUGGGGGGCAUUCGUCAAAGGCCAAGGUCCCACCCAGAGAAGCCUCGUUUUGCACAAUUCAAAGCCAGAAGGAGAGAUCCUACAUGCACAGGGGUGGGGGUGGGGUGGGGGGGAGGGCUGCUGGAAGGGUCCUGCCUAGACAAGCACACGGACGGGCACCUGAGUGCUGCACUAGGACAAGCCGGGGUAAAACCAAAGGCCAGCUGCGUGUGGGGACAGAGCCGAGCAACCCCUUUGUAGCUCUUCGUGUUGGUUCUAUUUAUACAAGAUUUCAGUUCCUUGCUUGUGAUGCCUUGUUUUUUGUACAGUUUUAUGUACAUGCAGGUGUAGCUUUUUCUAAAAGGAGAAAUCCUACGGCAGAGUACAAAGUACCCAACUAUUUUUCAGAUGGUGACCUGUGUGUAGGCGCUGCUGCCUCUCUCUCUCUCUCUCUCUCUCUCUCUCUCUCUCUCACUAUGGUUGUAUUGCUCUCCACUGGGAAGGCUUUGGGCCCUGGGGUGGGGUGGGGUGGGGUGGGGUGGGGUUGGCCCUUCCCAGGGGCCCAGGAGCACAAAUGAUUGAUUCCCUUGUAAUCCUUUCUGUUUGGAGCCGUGAGCAUGACGCCUCGUGAGCCCUGUUCCGUUCUCUUCCCUUCUGUUGGUUUGCUGAGCUGUCAGAUGAUGAAUUCCACUGUAAUUAACCCUCCCAAAGCUUUACAAUAAAAGUG